AUGGGAAAGGCAUGCGGCCCUGGCAUCGUGUUUCCCAUCAGCAGCAAUGACUCUGUAACGUCCACCUUCCUGGGGACAGGCACACCUGGGCUGGAGGCCGUGCACACCUGGAUCUCCAAACCUUUCUGUGCCAUGCUCUCCGCUACCCUGGUGGGCAACAUGGCCAUCAUGGCAGUUAUCUGGAAGGAACACCCCCUCCACGUGCCCAGGGCCCUCCUCCCGGCCGUGCUCGCUGCCUCGGAUCCGGGUCUGUCCCUCUUCACCUUCCCUACACUGCUGGGGAUCUUCCGGCUGCGUGCGCGAGAGCGCACGUUCUCGGCUUGCUUCGCCCACGUGUUCUUCAUCCACACGGUCCAGGAUCUGGAGUCUGGGGUCAUCCUGGUGAUGGCCUCUGACCGCUACGCGGCCAUUUCUCACCCGCUGCGCUGUUCUUGCAUCCUCGCCAACGGUGGACCUGCCAGGAUAGGCCUGGCGGUCACUGUGCGAACCCUGACCGUGCAGGUGCCUCUCCCGAUCCUCCUAAGGAGGCCGUGCUUCUGUCGCUCCAGUGUGCUGUCUCCUUCCUACUGCCUGCAUCCGGACAUCAUCGAGCUCUCCUGCUCCAACGCCAGGGUCAACAGCAUCUUGGGACUGUUCGUGGUCCUCUCCACCGUGGGACUUGAUGUUUUUCUCAUUCUCUUUUCAUACGUCCUGAUUCUGAAGACUGUCCUGAGCCCCGCCUCCCACGGUGGCCGCCUCAAGGCGCUCAGCGCCUGUGCUUCGCACCUCUCUGCCGUGACCCUCUUCACGCCCAUGAUCUGCCUGUCUCUCCUGCAUCGCUUUGGCCCCAGACGCCCCUGGCACAUCUAUGUCACCAUGGCCAACAGGCAUUUUCUCAUCCCUCCCGUGAUGAACCCCAUCGUGUACGUGGUGAAAACCAAGCAGAUACGAGAGAGAAUUCUGAAACUCUUCCUCAAAAAAGGACCAGGAGGAUCUCAAGGAAAUCUUACACCCAACAAGACCCGAAUGGAAUCUACUGUCCUUUGCUCCAUCCUCAAUGCUCCUUCCUCCUGCUGCCACUUUGGAGGCCUCCCUUCAUGGGGGAGCCUCACGAGGCCCUGGCUGCACCACGAUCCAGAGGCUGUGUUCCUGCCCUGGGCCCUGGUGAGUGAUCUCAACACACUGGGCCAGCUUGGCGCAGAUCACACUAUUACACAAACUUUGGAUGGGUGUCAGGAGAAGUCACGGGCCAUCUUAGGUGUGGCCGCAAACCCAACAUGGGGCUUCCGAGACGUGCCGGACACGCGCUACGGAUAG